AGUGCAGGAGAUGACCAGAGACUGCGGACAAAGUGCAGGAGAUGACCAGAGACUGCGGACACAGUGCAAGAGAUGACCAGAGACUGCGGACAUUAGUACAGGAGAUGACCAGAGACUGCGGACAUAGUACAGGAGAUGACCAGAGACUGCGGGACAUAGUACAGGAGAUGACCAGAGACUGCGGACAUAGUACAGGAGAUGACCAGAGACUGCGGACAUAGUACAGGAGAUGACAGAGACUGCGGACAGUACAGGAGAUGACCAGAGACUGCGGACAUAGUACAGGAGAUGACCAGAGACUGCGGACAGUACAGGGGAUGACAGAGACUGCGGACAUAGUACAGGAGAUGACCAGAGACUGCGGACAGUACAGGAGAUGACCAGAGACUGCGGACACGGUACAG